AGAGAGAGAUAAAAUAUAAAAUAAUAUAAGAAAAAUUUAAAUAAAAAUGUUUCAUUAAGUAAAAGUUUACGUGUCGAUUCGUUACUAACCACCAAUGAUUGUACAUGGCCUUCAAAGAUUAUUUACUAUUCUCUGACAACUGUGCAGAACGCUCGAUAUUUAACUUUAGUAAAAUUCUUUCGAGAUCUAUAGUUGUAAAAGGUGUAAUAAUAUAAAAUGGAACCUAAUAGUUGCUUUACGGAGAAAAGAAGAAUAAGAGGAAAAGAUAUUCUUAGAAUGGAUGGUCUUUUACCGCCAACCCGUCGUCUGCCAGUUUGUAAUGCUAUAACUUCUACGUCUUAUAAGAAAAAAGAAAAGAAGUGGUCUAUCGGAGGAAUAUUCAAACGUAUAUCUUCUAUGCGAGAUGAUGACAGCUCUUCUAACGAAGAAGAAAUAGUUUAUUGUAAAAGGGAACCAAGGAAACCUCCCAAAAUCAAUAAGCAAUUGGACAAUAUAGUACUUCAUCCAGUCAAAACUAAUAGUGAACGUCAGACCAAGUCUAAUAAUUUAUUAACUGAAACUAAUAUAGAAAAAUCAAUGGAAUCUCUUAACGUACACGUAGAUUCUGUACAUUCACGUAGUAGCGAUGGUUCUUUGGAAGGUAUGGGAAGGAAAAUAAGAAAAAAUAAAAUGAAAGCACGAGUAGAAGCUAAAAGAGAUCAGAUGUGUCCCAACAGUAGUUCUGAUGAAGAUUCACGUGUUUCUAAUAAUUCAUUGACUAAAUCUCAAUUAGAGGAUCAUCAUUCGCAAAAUAUUUGUAAAACUAAUUCUUAUAACAGACGUACUCGAGCUGCUAGAACAGAACGAUAUAUCAAACGUUUGUUUAAAGAAGAAACAAGCAUAGAUGAUGGCAAUCAAAUAAAUUGUAAGCGAGACAGUUCUGAAUGUUUUAAUGAAGGACAACAUAUUGUUAUCGUUAAUUCGAAUGAUAUGUCUCGUCAAAUAAAACAUUCAAGACAAUCAACAACCAUGAUGCAAUCUAAUGAUCAAGUUCCAAUACACAAGUCGGUUGUGUUAAGCUCUCCAAAUAUCAAUACAGAUAUGAAUCAAAAUAGUUUUUAUGAGAAGAACACUGCUGUUGGUCGUUGGGUGGAACAGGAAUCAAACAAUUGUUUUACACUGUCAUCGGUGAGGGAUAUUGAUCGUCAAAAAGAUCACAUAAUGGAACAAAGAUCUAAGCCAAGAUCAUCUAAUCCACCAGAUCCUCCACCACGUGAUCCUCGUCGUGUUCCUACUUAUGCGUGCCAUUCUUUUCCUUUUAAUGGUAGAAGUCAAAAAAAAAGACUUUUUAAUGGAUAUGCAAAUACAUAUAUGGAUCCAAAAUUCGAUUGUAUUGAUGGUAAACGAGCAUAUAGUUCAAGCGAAGAAAUUACAUGUAUUAACAAUAUUACACAACAUGAUUCACAAAAUAUAUUUUUUUCAGAAUUCGAUAAGAUCAAUAUUUUUCCACGAGAAUAUGUAAAUAAUAAAUAUACGUCGAUGUGUAAUCGUUCGAAUGAGAUUGAACAUAAUCCGUGUCGAUCUCUUCAAAUGGAUGAGCUUGAGGCUUCAAAGUGUAGAAGAAAGAACAAUCGUAAUAAUCAACUUAGUUUGAACGUUAAUGAAUACGAUCAGAGUGUAAAACAGAUUCAAUUAUCAAUGAACUGUGAACAAAAUGGUAUAUAUGGACGAAUCUCGGCACGUAAUACUCGAUCCUCUAACGAACGUUCGUAUCUUACAAAUAAUGAUGGGAAUGAAAUGAAUAUUGAAGAAAAGAACAAAAAGACAAAGAAGAUGGAUGAGGAGGCAGCUUUAGAGAGAAAACAAUCAUCGAAGAAUCUUGAGGAAGCUAUUUUCGAGUUGGAAGCAAUAUACAAUAGUUUACGACUUGGAGAUGAGGAUUUGUUAGAUCGUGCUGAAAGAAGAAGCAUGGAAGAAUUUAGUCUUAGACAUGGACAACCUGAAGAUAAACUAGUGAAACCUGAUAGUUGUGAUUCACCAGAUAGAUCGAAAGACGAUAUGGCCUAUAGAAGAAUGCAUCCUGUUGAACGACCAACUUUUUUGUCAGAUAUUAUUGGACAAUCAUCACUUUCAAACAUCAGUUACCUUAUCGCUUCACCUGUGCUUUCACGUAGAGACAAUGUGUUUGAUGAAACAAAAACACCUAUUGGCAUAACACGUCGUGAUGAGCCGGAUGUAACGAAAGAUGAUGUUGUUUUUCGUAGUAUACAUCAUGCCAAUAAUACUCUUAAAGUUAUUGAACCUCAACCACCUUUUGGUAUACCACUUGGACCAGUGACCACUGCUACAGAGAGCGACUAUCUGCACACAGUGCCAAAUAAAUCUAAUCCACCUCGUUCGCUAUAUAUACCACAAUGUGAACCUGAUGUCGUUACGGAUGAUUUAGCUUUCAGGACACUUAGAAAGGAUUCCACAACAACACCAACAAAGAAUAACGUAGAUAAUCUAAUAGAAAGUUUCAAUGAAUUUCCUACUAAAAAAAAGAGAGCCGUUAGAUCUCUGUCUGCCAAUCUUUAUGGGCUAAUAAAUCAAGAGCGUAUACAUUUGCACAGACAACCAAGCCUUUGUGAGAUUAAAGAUGAUGUCGAGAAUAUAGAUAGUAAUCGUAAGUCCAUAGAAAAAUUAGAUUAUUUUAGACGUGUUGUCAGCGACGGCGAAUUAUCCGAUCAAGGUAAUACGAAGUGGUAUGGUGAAAAAUAUACAAAAAAUAAUUUUGACAUAAAUGGAAAUCAUCAUGAUUCUGGUCCUUGUAGAAAAAUGCUACGAGUUUAUGUCUCGCCGUCAACGACGAUGCAAUGGUCGGAUAAAAACUCAAACAAUCGAGAAGAUACGCCAACGUCAACUUUUUUUAGUGCUACCAGGCGGACUUCAUCUGUUGACAUUAAUCAAGAUUCUUGGAAACCCACUCGUAAUGAUUCCUUAACUGGUAAAGAUAAUACAGAUUCAGAUUUUACUGCAUAUAGUCGCUUGUGUCAAGACUUAGUAAAUAUAAUCAAAGGAACAGAUGAACCAGAUAUAAAAACCAACGAGCAGGAUGAAGUAAUAAUUGAAGCCAAAAACUCAAUUCGUGAAAAUAAAGUUGAGAUAGAGCCUUUAAUUACAGAAUUACGUAAUGAACUUCUUGAUAAUACACUUCAAGAACGGUCCAAUGAUUUUAAGAGAAAGGAGACAAAUGAAACAGAGGAAUGCAUUGACUCAAAGUUGGAUGAAAGAAAUAUUUUUGAAAUUGAAGAUGAUAAACUCGAUUAUUAUCUUCGUAUGGCGAAUGAGAAUGUAAAAAUGAUUGCAGAGGCUUUUAGCAGCGUUGCUGACCACAUAUGGGAUGGCCUUGACGUUGUUCCUGGAGAUGAUUCAUCGAGCCAUCUUAGAACCGACAGCGAUAACACACGUGAAACUAGCACGCGUUCGUCAUCAUUAUUAGUAGAGGGAGAUGAAAAGACAAAGGAUGAAAUGUCAACGUCCUCAAAAAACGAAGAUCUUGUUACAAUAAGUGUAGCAUCCGACGUAUCUAAAGAAAAACUUGAUGUUCCUAAUCUUAAAAAAAAUAACGUUAGAUAUCCAUCGGAAAUUGAAAUCGAUCUUAACAGAGCCGUGGAAGAUCUACAAAUAGCUGCAGCUAGUUUAAAUGGUAGCGUGCAAGAAAUGAAAGAAUUGGAGAUUCAACUUGCGAGACUAGGUGAAGGUUGCAUGGCUAUCGACGUCGAAGACGAAAUUAACAACAAAAAUGAACAGGAGAAGGAAGAGAAAGGGGAGGAGGAAGAAGAGGAGAAAGAGAAAGAGAAAGAGAAAGAGAAAGAAGAAGAGAAGAAGGAGGAGAAAGAUAAACUUAAAUUAUUUAUCGUAGAGAAGAAAAAUGUUAUAUUUGAGUCAAAUAUCGAACAAGGAGAAGGAGGAGGAGGAGCAAAGAAAAAUGUUGAACAGGAAUGUAAGAUGUUGGAGCCAAUAGAAACGGAAGAUGACAGCAGGCCUAUUGCAGUUCGCGAAGGUGAGAAGAAUGUAUGGGAGAUUGAUUUAAAAACGUACGAGAAUUAUUUCGCACGACCGAUCGAAAUACGUGUUCCUUAUGUAACUAACAUCAUUACUAUAACUAUAACAGAAUAUUCCAUGGUUUUACUCGCUUGCUUCCUUGCACUGCUUUUAGCAAUCGUAGCAGCGUCGUGAGAACGAUCUCAUCAAAGUGCAUUUAUAUGGUAUCACAUAUUUAUGGUGGGUCAUGUGUUUUUUUACCCUGGGGUUGUGCCAUCGUCAUUUGUAUUUUCGUCUUACUAAUGUCGUAGGUCUCCAGGAUAAUAUUCGUUCGGCAUGCGAUAAAGGUUACCAUGCGAAUGUGUAAACUCGAUUACCGUGAUGUCGUGGAUUCACGAAAGGCGGCGAAAGGUGUGUGUUCCCUCUGAAUUUUUCAAUAAAACAAAAAAAAGAAAAAGAAAAUUAAAAUAAAAAUAAAAAUAUAUACAUGCAACUCUACGAAUUGAUUCAGAUAGAAACGAUUUUCUUGUUGUUCUCGUUGUUGUUGUUGCUGCUGAUGCUGUUAUUGUUGCUAUUGUUACUGUUGUUGGUUUUAAUAAAGUUUAGACAUUUGUGCUGCAUCUUUUGCCAAAAUCUAA